CGACAAAGAAGUCUCAUUUCUCGACAGCAUAUCCUCGACUAUAAACGAUGCAAUUCUUCGCGACACCUAAGGACAGUCUAGUCGCGGCUGCAUUGGAGGCAUCCAUGCGGUCGGUCAGACUGUGUAACGCUGGCGCUAACGCCUUCAGUCUAGACGAACACCAGCGUUGGUGUGCUGAGAGUGUGAAGGAGCGUGUAGUUCUGAAGGUGAGUGCACCCGAAGCUCGUGGCUCGUAUCUGCAGAAACACACGACGUAUCUUGUGACUCAAGAGUGUCACCACGAGGGCGUCCGUCGACGCUUUCGGGACUUUGAGUGGCUUCACGUGGUGUUACACGCUCGCUACAUCGGCCUCUUAAUACCGUCACUUCCGGAGAAGACGACAACGGCUGCAGUGCUCAUGUCCAGCGCCUUUAUGCAAAGUCGCAUGCGUGGGUUGCAACGCUUUCUGAAUGAUAUCAUGAAGUCGCCGUAUCUCCGCUCGGACGCAGCAGUUGCGAGUUUCUUGGGCGAACCAGGCGACGAAGCGACGUGGGAGAUGAUGAGGAAGAACACGGCAGUGAUGGACAAUGCUGGAGAAGGCCACAUGCGCUGGCUGCAGCGUAUUAUGUGUGAGCAUAUCGCCAGCUCACCGGAACAUGAGAUUUCAGUGUUUAAGAGGCACGUUGAGCAGCGUGAGCGUCUACUGGGUGAGCUUGCUGCUUGUGCUAAGCGACUAGCGGACAGGAGCGCUGCUACUGGCACGGGGUCGUCUGAGACGCACAACGACGCACCACUCGUAGCUCUGCUCACCAAGUCCACGGGGGCAAUCAGUGGAUGGAGCCAAGUGGAGAGUUUUCAGCCAGCGAUCUACGAGCUGUUGCUGCUGGAAAACAUCACGUACAUGCUCCGCCAAGCAACAGCGGUGAAGCAGAUGACGAUUGAUCGAGAACGAGUAGUCGCGGGUGAGUCCUCGCCAGAACGGAAUCCUUCUCCACCUCCUUCAGAGUCGUCAUCAUCAUCUUCAUCGACGUCGGGCUUCUCCGUAGCGUCUUUCACGUCCGCAGCUUCAAGAUUUAUGAGCGCAGUGGAGCCACCGUCUCUAAGUCUCGAAGAGCAGCAGCGUCGUGCACACCACAUCAAUGAACUCAUUACGCGAGCGUUGAUGGCCGAGGAGAUGCAGCGCUUCCGGGCUGAGACGACGAAGGAACUCGCAAACAUCAUGGACCAUUUCUCCUGUGCGGAGGCGCAAUUAUCGAAGCGAUCAGGCUUCGUGUGGCGAGAAUACCUCAAGACAUCCCCAACUGAUCCCCAAGCACUAGCUCAAAGCACAAAGGAGUUGCUGGACUCAGCUUCAACCACGUGUAGUCCGCCAUCGCCUUCCGCCGCCGACGCGUUUUGA